AUGGCGGAGGUAUUUGGCGUUGUAGUGAGCGCCCUGACGGUGGCCGAAAUGGCGGGCAAGUUCGGCAGCAGCAUCAUCAAGUUGAAAAGGCUAUGGAAUGAGGUCCAAGACGUCCCCAACGAGAUCAACCAGCUCUUCCGGCAGCUAGAGCUGCUUAGACCUGUGCUCGCCGAGAUGGAAUCCGAGUUUACUCAGCAGACACACAAAGUGUACCACAACAGCGCGGCGAACCUCAGUAUGGAGUACUGUCAGCAGGCAGUAGGGGAGCUUGAUGCCCUGACCGAAGAUUUACAGUCACGCAUCAACGCCGCAAAGAGGUCAAGGAGGAACAUCACGAAACUGAAAGUCACCUUCAAGAAGGACCUGAUUCGGAGUUAUCAGGAGAAAAUACAGUUUGCUUUACAGCUUCUUUCUCUCUCGCAGCAAACUUACACAAUGUGA